CUACACGAAGUGAGGAAUAGGAGUUAAAAGAAGUACUCUAGCGAGCGACAUAUGUACAAAAAUUGCUCUUGCUCACUGACUCACUUCUACUGUCACUCCAGGAAUUGGCCAAGUGAAACCACUUCCUAAAGCGUAGUAUAGCGGGUUUGGGUUUAAAUGUCAACCCAGGUCCUAGAUUUGAUGACUACUUAGUGAAUUCUUGUUAUCUAGCAAUGAAACUUUAAUGCAAGUCUAAACUAACAAACUAACAAAGCAAGUAAACUGUUGUAUUCAGGUUAAGAGAGGUCACCCGGAUAUGGUUCCCCCUAGACUGCAGUUAAGCCGGAUUGCAAUUACCAAGUUCAGUUUCUAUGAUAGUUAUACUGCGGAAGGUUCUUAAAAAGCCUGAAGUCUCGACUAAAGGUCUUCAGACCCUCUCAAUCUGAAUCUCUAGUGGGCGACUAACCUCCACCGGAGUAAACAGAUUGAGGCCUUAACAAACAAAACCUCCACUACCGAAGUAAAUCCGGUAAAGAAUAGUGAGUUGGCUCCUCGAUUAAAGUCACCAACUCCCUACCUUCAAUCAAGGAUGCUCUAUCAACCUAGGCAGAUAUUCUCAUUCUAGGUCAAAGUAGAAACAACAGGAAUUUGAUCAGGAUUCAAGUCAUUCAAUCAUUCAAACCUCAAUCGAAUAUAAUCAACUCAUAGAAUCAGUACUUGGGUUCAUACAAUCAAAGCCUAACAUACAAAUCUAGGGUUCUCCAUACCCAGAUGAAUGGGAGAACUACUCCAUGGAGAAAGAAGCAAAAGCAGAAUCAGAUGCGGAAUUCAUACUGUGAAGGAUGGAUUCCUGCUCCUGGACGUUGAUUGGCACUUCUCCAAGCUCAAACUGGCCUCCAAUAGUGAUGAAGAUCAAGCUAGGGCACUUGGAGACUCUUGUUCGUCGCUUUCUCUCUCUAGGAAUCGCUCUGUCUCUCUAAAACUCGAAUCCCCUUCUGUUUUGGCUGAAAUCUGCUUUAAAGGGCAUCAGUGGCCAAAGCACGGUCGAGGGCAUGGCCGUGUAAUGCCUCAGCCCGCCCGUGUUUUGGCCAGGGUUAAUUACACGACCAGUGUGUUGGAAGAAACACGGGCGUGUUUGAUGAUGAACACGACCGUGUUUUGGUGGACACGGCCACAGAACACAGCCGUGUUCUGUUUUAGGUCUGCCCGUGUUUUGGCUCCAGCUUGACGAAAUGACUUCCGAAUGCCCCGAAACUCGUGCUUAGCCUUUCCUUUGACGUUUGGGACUUGAAAUAUGACAAAAUAGCACAACCCGGCGUAAAAUAGGCCAAAAAUACACGACUAUGCCCCUCAAACGGAUAAGAAUUAGGGGCGCAAAUAUGUGCAAUUACAUCGUUAUCAAAUUCCCCCACACUUAACCGUUUGCUUGUCCCCAAGCAAACCAAGUCAGACACAAGGUAAGCUCAAAACAACAAGGCAUGACAUAUCGGCACAAAACACGUGGAUCAUACUGGCUUUCGAUCAGUAACACAUGGACAACUUCAAUGACAACCUAGACAACCACCACAGAUGACAUUCGAAUGCAGUAAAAUCGAGCAAAGGAAGAGUCUCCCUUCUAUUCACCAACCAACUUAGACUUGACUCAACCACUUGUUCAAAACAGUCACAUCAUGCACAAAGUUCAAGAUAUCAGAAGUAAGACCGAGCAAUCUAGGUCCUCACCGGGAUAAAGAGUAUAGAGAAUA